AUGGCCUCCCAAGCCCUUCCCCAACACAAGACAGCUCUUAUGCCUUCUAUCCGGCCAAAGAAGAAGCUCAAGGCUCUUCACUGGGAGAAGGUUGAUGCUCCACAGGUAACGGUGUGGGCAGCUCACGCUCCCACUGCGCAGGAGAAAGAAGAGAAGUAUGUAGAGUUGGCUAAGAAGGGUGUCUUAGAUGAGGUUGAAAGACUCUUCAUGGCGAAGGAGACCAAGAUCUUCGGAGGCAAUGCAGCAGCGAAGCAGCGCAAGGACAAGAAACAGCUCAUCUCCAACGAGCUGUCCAAGAACUUCCAGAUCGCAAUGGCCAAGUUUUCGCAAUUCCCUGCCGACGAUGUGGUGCGCAUGAUCAUUCAUUGCGAUACAGACAUUCUGGACAACCAGGUCGUCAUGGAGUUCCUGCAGCGGGACGAGAUGUGCACAAUCCCCGAGAAUAUUUCCAAAUCGAUGGCGCCCUACAGCAGGGACUGGACCGGCCCCGAUGCUGCUAGUGCGGAGCGAGAGCAAGACCCCAACGAGCUCACGAGGGAAGAUCAGAUCUACCUAUACACCGCGUAUGAGCUCAACCACUACUGGAAGGCGAGAAUGCGCGCUCUCGCGUUAACUCGGUCCUUCGAAGUGGAUUAUGAGCACAUCUCCGCCAAGCUGCAACAAGUGGUCAAGGUCAGCGAAUCUCUGAGAGACUCUGUUUCUCUGAUGAAUGUCCUGGGUCUCAUUUUGGACAUUGGUAACUUCAUGAACGAUGCCAACAAGCAGGCUCAAGGAUUCAAGCUGAGCUCUCUUGCCCGGCUGGGCAUGGUCAAGGAUGACAAGAACGAAACUACUUUUGCUGAUUUAGUAGAGCGCAUUGUCCGUAACCAGUAUCCCGAAUGGGAGGGCUUCGUGGACGAGAUCAAUGGUGUCGUUGCUAUCCAGAAGCUCAACGUUGACCAGCUGCGGACGGAUGCGAAGAAGUACAUUGACAACAUCAAGAAUGUACAGGCCAGCUUAGACGCCGGAAACCUCAGUGACCCGAAGAAGUUCCACCCCCAGGAUCGCGUUAGCCAGAUCGUUCAGCGGAGUAUGAAGGAUGCUAGACGCAAGGCCGAGCAGAUGCAGCUCUACUUGGAUGAGAUGAUCAAAUCCUAUGAUGACAUCAUGGUCUUCUAUGGAGAAGACAAUUCCGAUGAGGGUGCCCGCCGAGACUUCUUCGCGAAGCUGGCUUCCUUCUUGCUAGAGUGGAAGAAAUCUAAGGAGAAGAACAUUUCGCUGGAAGAAAGUCGGAGACGCACCGAGGCGUCCUUGGCUCGCAAGCGGAAUAUCAAUGCCGGGCUUGCCAAUGGCGCCGCCUCUGCAAGUGACGCUCCACCGUCGCCAGCUACAAGCGGGGCCAUGGAUUCGCUCCUGGAGAAGCUCCGCGCCGCAGCGCCGCAAGCCAGAGACCAGCGUGACCGCCGCCGUCGUGCUAGGCUAAAGGAGCGACACCAAGUUCGUGUCGCUUCCGGCCAGAAGAUGCCGGAUGUUGCUGGAGCCGAGGCACCGGAAGGAGGGAACGAAGCCGAAAAUGAUGGUGGCAACAGCAAGGCGGGCAACGACAAUGAUAGCGAAGCAAAUGCCGCCGCGUCAGGGCUGCUGAGUCCUCCCCUCCUUGAAGCAGAAACCUCUGAGAGCAAGAAGGACCCGCAACAUGUGUCGGAAAGCGAAGACGUGGCGGAUCGUGCCGCGAGCAUGCUGCAGGGCCUUCGUGAUAACAUGGACGGCGACCGAAUGAGAAGACGCCGAGAAACAGCGGAAGAAGAGCGUCGGAAACGCAGGUUACGGAGACGAAACGGAGGCAGCACCAGCAAUAACAGCGCCGAGGGCUCUGCGGCCACCUCCGUGCCCGAACCCAUUUCACCUCCCAGGACAGAUUUGGAGCCGGAUGAUGCUACAAGUCCUCGAUCUGGAGACGAUCCCCUUUCACAACCGCCCCUGACACCGGCAAUCGUGGUAUCACCAACAGCAGACCAACAGCUUCGGUCGCCUGGUGACGAUGAACUGAUGGAAGGCUCACCGUCGAGCAGAUCCAUUGAGUAG